AUGCGCGGCGCGACCAUGCGGGUGGUGGUGGGUGGUGGGACAGGCUUCGUGGGCAGAGCCCUGACCCAGCUGCUGCGGAGCCGAGGGCACCAAGUGACCCAUGUGUCGCGAAGAGGGGGCAAGGAUCGGAUCAGCUGGGAGGAGCUGUCCCACUCUGGGCUGCCCCUGUGUGAAGCUGUGGUCAACUUGGCUGGUGAAAAUGUCCUCAACCCUUUCCGCAGGUGGAAUGAUGUCUUCUGCAGGGAGGUCGUCAGCAGCCGGGUGGAGACCACCAAGGCCUUGGCCAAAGCCAUCGCUGCUGCUGAGCAGCCUCCCCGUGCCUGGGUCCUCGUCACUGGCGUAGGUUUUUACCGCCCCAGCCCCACAGCUGAGUACACUGAAGACAGUGCAGGAGGGGAUUUUGACUUCUUCUCCCGCCUGGUGAGCUCGUGGGAGGCUGCAGCUCUCAUCCCUGGGAGCCCAACUCGUGGUGUUGUGGUGAGAUCAGGUGUAGUGCUGGGUCGCGAUGGCGGCGCAAUCUCUCAGAUGCUCUUGCCUUUCCGCCUGGGACUCGGAGGCCCCAUGGGCUCUGGACUGCAGCCCUUCCCUUGGAUCCACAUCCAGGACCUGGCUGGGAUCGUGUGCCACGCCCUGGAGAAGGAGUCUGUGCGAGGCAUCCUCAACGGCGUUGCCCCAUCCUCGCCUGGCACCUCCAAUGGCACCUUUGCCCAGGAGCUGGCGGCAGCCCUGGGCCGGCCGGCGCUGCUGCCGGUGCCCGCCUGGGCCGUGCGGGCCGUGUUUGGGGCAGAGAGGGCAGCCAUGCUGCUGGAGGGACAGAGGGUGCUGCCCAAACGCACCCUGGAGAGCGGCUACAGCUUCAUCUUCCCUGAGCUGCCUGCAGCUCUGAAGGACAUUGUGGCUUGAGGCCUCCCCGCUUGGGCUGGGCCCUGAUGGUGUGAGCUCACGUGGCUGCCCAUCAAAGAGGGGAGCCCUGCCCCUUGCCACUUCCCCAUCCACAUACAGAAGGGGUGAGCAGUCCUUUCCCCUGUAUCUCACUGUGUGCAUCCCCAGUUUAGGAACCAUCCCUCUUACUGCCACCUGAAUGUUAACAUCACCUGCAUUUGGGGAAGGGCAGGAGCCCCUCACAGGACUGUGGCUGUGGAAUUGCCCAUCUUCCCUUUGCAUGGUCUGGCAAAUCAGCUGGGGGUGUCAUGUCUUCUCCCCUGAGAGAUGUGGCAGCAGGAAACAGGUCCUAAUGCUGUUGGAAUUCCUCCAUGGUACUGGAAGUUGCCCUUCCUGUUUUUCCCCAUGAUGACAGGCAAAGCAGAAGAGCUAAAGUCUCUUUCUUGGUCUUGGUGGUUGUGGGAGAAGAUGCAUCUUAGGGUGCUGAAUACAAAUUGCUUGGAGACUCUGCCCUCUGUUGUGGCUGGUAGCAGGUUGAUGUGUCAGUACCUUCAGCUGAGUCUAAUCCAAAGAGUUACACCCUUCCAGGGUUCCAUUCCCCUUGUGCUGUGGCAGGGAUGAGGGAGAACCUUGCUUUGCCAGCCUCUAGAGGAAGGGGUGACAAUCAGAUUGUGCCCCCUGGACUGCUUUGCCUUGGUUGAGUGCCCAUCUAAGCUUGAGCUCAGGAAAGCUGGGUGGUACAUCCCUGUGUGAGCUUUAGUCUCAGCUUUAGUCCAGAGGAGCAUUUCUAUUCCCUUCCUUGUGCUCACCUCAGACCAGGGUGGUUUUCUUUCACUGAUCCCAUGAGGCGGUGCUGGUGUUCAGGUGUUCCCUCCCUGGGCACUGAGGAUAUCCCAGCUGCCUGCUCUGCCUUGGGAAGCAGUACCUCUUCCCUUGUACAGCAAAUUGCAGUUUUAUCACCUCACAGUGACAGAAAAUGUACCCACAUGCUUCCCUUGACCCACUUCCAUAUCCCAAAGUGGGUUGCAGGGUGUUAAGUCCACAGAGCAGUGAAGUUUAUUACAGCAGUACUUCUGGAGAAAUUCUCCUAUUGUGAUGUAAGCUGGGGCUAGAAGAUUCUAUGAAAAGGCACUUGAGGCAGAUAAAGACCUGCUCUUUGCCAUCCACAACAACAGCAGCCCACUCAUUCCUGGUUUAUGCCAUGCUGUAGUCAGAGCAGCUGAAGGAUCAGUCUUGGUGAAGUGUAGAUGACCCUCCUGUCUCUGCUCAGUACAUACUGGGGACAUCUGUGUGACAUCUGUGAGCAGGCUGGUCCUGGAGUUUGGGUCUCAUUCUGGCAGAGCUGAGUGUUCUGCACUGCUGCCUUGCUUUGGGGCUGGCUCUGGGCUGGCUGCUAAAUUGCAACACAGUAUUAAGGACAGCAAGGCUUAAUGCAGAGUUUUCUGUAGCAGUGGUAGUUCUGCACCAUUUGUAUUGUUAAUCUGCUUUACACAUUCUAUCACUAAUUGUAAGACACUGAUUUCCCUAAUUAAAGUUGGUAUUUCCCUUCCUUGUA